AUGGGUAUUACAGGUUUAAUACCUUUCCUUGAGAAGGCUUCAAGUAAUAUAAAUGUUAGUGAAUUCAGUGGGUCCACAGUUGCUAUAGACACUUAUUGUUGGCUUCAUAAAGGCGCUUUUGCCUGUGCUGAUAAGUUAGUCCGAGGAGAAGAUACUGAUGUGCAUAUCAAAUAUUGCUUAAAGUAUGUGACAAUGUUGCUAUCGAAGAAUAUUAAACCUAUUUUGGUGUUUGAUGGACGUCAUCUACCUGCUAAAGCUAUGACUGAAUCUAAAAGGAGAGAGUCUAGGCAUACAUCUAAGAAACGGGCUGCCGAAUUAUUAAGCUUAGGAAAGAUAGAAGAGGCAAGAUCGUUUAUACGACGUAGUGUGGAUAUCACUCAUGAAAUGGCACUAGCUUUAAUAAAAGAAUGUAGAAAACGUAAUGUGGAUUGUAUAGUAGCACCUUAUGAAGCCGACGCUCAACUAGCAUAUCUCAAUAUUAAGAAUUACGCACAAUUAGUUAUCAGUGAAGAUUCAGACUUAAUAUUGUUUGGAUGUACAAAGGUUUUAUUCAAAAUGGAUCUUGAUGGAACUGGAAAGUUAGUAGAAACAGCUAAAUUACCUCUAGUCAUGAAGUGUCCAAUAGAGAAUUAUACAUUUGAUAAAUUCAGAAGGAUGUGUAUAAUGUCCGGUUGUGAUUAUCUUGCUUCCUUGCCAGGUAUUGGAUUAGCGAAAGCAAGGCUAUUUGUGACGGUUACACAAGAUCCAAACUUUGCUAAUGCCUUAAAGAAGCUACCGGGCUUCUUCAACAAAGCAAACUUAACUGUGACAGAUGAGUACAGAGAGAAUUUCUUAAAAGCAGAAGCAACAUUCAAACAUCAAUAUGUUUAUGAUCCUAUCGAGAGGAAAAUGAUAAGGCUGACGGAACCUGAUGAUGAAGACACAGAAACAGCAUUGUGUGUGAACGCGGGUGAGUUAUUAGAACCCAAGACUGCAUAUCAAUUAGCUUUAGGUAAUUUAGAUCCGUUUACAUUGAAGAAACUGGAUGAUUGGGACCCCGACCAUUGUACCAUUGACGUGAAUGAUAGAAUAAAAACAAAUAGUUGGAAAGAAAAUGGUGUAUCUAAUCACCCCAGUAUAUGGAAUACGAAUUAUCGGGAAUAUUUAAAUAAUUCCAGUCCUUGGGCUAAGAAGGUUAAAAAGCAAGAAAGUAUAAUCUCGACAAAGACGAGGGCUCGAAAGAAAGUUGUUAAUUUGGUACCAAAAUAUGUGCCUGAGACACAGGAUCAGAGUUUAUCUAUCGAAGCAUUGAGCAACAUGUACUGUGUAGAACCAGCAAAUAAAAAACAGAAAAUUGACUGCGAUAACGAAACGCAAUAUACCGAAUACAGUCAAAACGAACAUGAUAUAGCGAUAAUAGAUGAUGAAGAUGUAUUUCAAACAAAUAACAAAAAAUCGCCAAUAUUGGAAAACAAACGCAGAUCAUUCAAGAAAUGUCUCAGAGCAAAUAGUUAUUCAGUAUUAAAGAAAUUAAGUAAUUUCCCGAGAACAGUGAUAGACGUUGACGAGAAUGUUAUUGAAAGUAAAUUUUUUAAUUCAAACAAAAAUCAGAUGAAAAGUGACAUUUGUCUGAUUGAAGAAUCACCUGAAAAAAAUAAUUUUAAAUCUCAUGACGAUGCUGAAAUAAUGGAAUGUUCAGAGAGAUCUGAUUCAUUAAAAGAUUCUUGUAGUCCUGUAAACUCUGAGACGAGUUCUGUUAUAAAAUGUAGUCCUCAAUCUAGGAAUCCUUUUAAAAUUAACAUAGACACUCAAGUCUCUACAGACACUGGUUUUAAUGAAGAUAUGAGUGAAACAGAAUUGAAUGGAAUUCCUGAUUCGCAGAUGUCAGAAGAAUGUUCUCCACCCAAGUCAUUAUCCCAGCUAACUCCGACUAAGUCAAGAAGUAAUAGUUUAAAAAAAUCAACAAGUCGCAUUGGACUCAAGAAAACACAACUACCAAAAAAUCAACCCACCUUGCUGAGUAAUUUCGGUUUUCAGAAAAAGCCAGUAUUGAAGAAAUGAAGAUUUAAAUAACGAUUAAUUUUUAUGAUAAGUGAUACAAGAUUUUAGUUUGUUUGUAAAUGUAUAAUGGUUUUAAGUUUGACGUGUAAUUUGUAUCCAUUAAAAAAUAUAAAAAAUA